UAUUGCUACAUUCGCAGUAAAGAUCAGCCUUUGUGUUUCCAUCAUCAUUUAUGUAUGAUUGUAAUGACGUUGUUUGAUAUUAGGACUAGCAGUAAAACUUUAUAUUCUGUAAAAAAAGGCUUUUAUUUCCAGCGCCGCCUCCCAGAAUGCUUUGCAUGGGGACGUGCGUCUGACGUCACGUAUUCAGAAAAUUCGAAAUGGCUGCACGCGGGAGGUGAGGCCCGAGCGAAGAAAAGUGGAAAAGAGUGUUAUUCGUCAAAAAACCCACACAACGACGGUCAUUUUUUCGCCGUGCUAUUGUAAAAUUGUCUUUUAUCUGUGUUUUGUGAAGCCGUGGAGCUCGAGAUCCUGUUUACUGUGGACUAGCUGUGUGUGACGCCAUGUUGUUUUUGUUUCCAUUACAAAAAAAAAGCUCCACCGUCUCGCCGAGUGCCAGCAAGAGUCAUGAGUACUUGUCAACUCGACUCCUCAACUGGAGAUAACUUUCUAGCACCUCACCAUGGGGAAGGAUGUAUUCAUAUGCCUUCACCAGCACCUGCAUUAAACAUGCAGAGAGUUACACAAGUUCUUACCACCUUGGGGCACCAUUCAGACAACUACAAAGACGCAUUAAAAAUAAUGCAACAAUAUGGAAAGGGCUGCGACACCUCAGACCUGCAAUCUGAGGCAGAGAACGAGGAGCUGCCAGAAAAAAGGAACAGGAAGCCAGUCCAUCGUCUCGGGGACUCAGAUGAUAGCGAAGAAGACCCGGGAAAUAGUGACCUCACAUCUCUGGGGUUGGCAAGCCAAUUGCACAGGCAGACUCCACCGUCUCGCCGAGUGCCAGCAAGAGUCAUGAGUACUUGUCAACUUGACUCCUCAACUGGAGAUAACUUUCUAGCACCUCACCAUGGGGAAGGACGCAUUCAUAUGCCUUCACCAGCACCUGCAUUAAACAUGCAGAGAGUUACACAAGGAACGGCAGUCCCUCCUCGACUCCCUCCACCCCCCUCACCAGCAGCCCUCAACAUGUGGCAGACAGAGGAGCCUGGAUCCAGCCUGGCCUACAGGCCAACAUGGCGAGGGGGAAGAAUGGCCGACAACAUUUCCUGCUCUGCCCCUGAGGUAAUCCAGAUCCUUAGCCUGCUGGAAACUAUUAAGCACAACCAAGACCAGCUGAUUGCGAAGGUAAACUUCUUAAGCCUUGAAUAGGUCAAUAAUUCAUAAUGACAUUGAUUUUGAUUCAUUAUUAUUUUUUAAAGAAAGAAACAGCCUACAUGGCAGCUUUGUGUGAUUAGAGUAAACAUUACUACAUUUUCUUGUUACAUUUCACCUGUUUGCUCUUUAAAUACCACUUUUAAUGUUUUUUAUUUAUUUCGAUCCUAUUUUUUUAAAAAUGUGCCCUGGGGCCGUUAAAAAAUGACCUGCAGGCCGCAAAUGGCCCCCGGGCCGCACUUUGGACACCC